GCAGCGGUCACGUGGUGCUUCUUCAGGCUUCGUAGGACCAUGCUUUGACUGAGCAGGACAAAAUAAAGUUUGUAAUAUAAAAUUUCAUGGUGUAGAUUUUACAUCAAGUGAUCAUGUCGGAAAUUAAGAUUAACAAAAAAUUCGCGGACAAAUACGACAAGUAUAGACAAAAGGAGGAGCUGCAGAAAUUGAAGGACCGUUUCGGUGAUCAGGAUGAUGAUGGUUCCUCAGGCUCCUCAGAUUCAGAGUCUGAUGAGAGUGAAGUGGAAUUUGAUCCCACACUUGAGAGAGAUUUUUACAGGACUUUGUCCAUGCUCAAGAAAAAAGACCCCAAGAUUUAUCAGAAGGAUGCGCAUUUUUACACAGGAGACGCACCCAGCUCAGACAGCGAUGAGAAACCCUCCACUUCUAAAAAAUCUGUCAAGCCGAUGUUUCUAAAGGACUACGAGCGCAAAGUCAUCUUGGAAAGAGGCGGAAAAUAUGUCGACGACGACGAUAGUGCUGAUGAUGAGGCUGCCAGAAAGAUGCAGGAGAGAGCUGCAUCUCCCAGCUACAUUCAAGAGCAAAAGGAAUUAAAAGAGAGCUUUUGGCAGUUUGUUCAAGACAGCUGCGACGAGGCCAGUGACGAUGAAGCGCUACUGAAACGCAGGGAAAAAACACAAAUGGAGAAGGACAAAGAGGAGGCAGAUUAUGUGGAGUGGCUGAAAGGACAGACAGAGCUGGAGGGACAGAAUGAGGUUCAGGACAUGAAAUACCUGAGAGAUUACUGGAACGACCCAAAGCUGGACGAAAAGGAGACAUUUUUGCGAGACUACAUCCUCAACAAAGGAUACCAGGAGGAAGAUGAGGGGGAAAGAAUUCCGACCUACAACGAGCUCAUGCAGGAGGAUGUCGAAGACUCUGAGGAAGAAGGAGAAUCGUUCCUGCAGAAGCAAGAAGACUUUGAGAGGCAUUACAAUUUCCGCUUUGAGGAACCCGGCGCUUAUCAGAUCAAGACGUACCCUCGCAACAUCGCCACCUCAGUUCGAAGCAAAGAUGACAGUAGAAAGAAAAAGAGGGAGGAGGUGAAGGAGAGAAAAAAAAAAGAGAAAGAGCAGAAACAGCAGCAGCUAAAGGAGCUGAAGAACCUGAAGCGAGCCGAAAUCAUGGACAAGCUAAAAAAACUGCAGGAGCUGACAGGAAAUGAGCAGCUGGCUUUCAACGAGGUCGACCUGGAGGGUGACUUUGACCCUCAGCAUCAUGACCAGCUUAUGCAGAAGGUUUUUGGAGAGGAGUACUACAACGAGAACGAAGAGGCGAAACCUCAGUUUGAUGAUGAUGAUGAUGAAGAUGAGUUGGAAGGACAUUGGAAUUGGGACACGUGGACAGGUGAAGAUGAGGAAGGCUAUGAAAUGGGGGAUGGGUAUGAAGAUGAAGAGGAAAGCUACGAGCCUAACUGUGAAGAUCAUAACUUCAUUAUGGAUGCAGAUUAUGACCCCAAUCAGCAGGCUCCGUCUAAGAAGAAAAAAAAGAAACAGAAGGAGUUGAAGAAAAAGACUGCACACGAUGCCCCGAUCCUGGGCAAAAAAAGAAAGAAGUCUCACUUUGCAGAAAUCAUCACACAAAACAAGCCUGUGUUUGAUCCACAGGAGAAGACGUUUGAACAGUACCUUGAUGAGUAUUACAAACUAGACUACGAGGACAUCAUAGACGACCUGCCCUGUAGAUUCCGCUACAGACAGGUCGUCCCUAACGACUUUGGCCUGACUACUGAUGAGGUCCUGGGAGCAGAUGAAAAAGAAUUGAAUCACUGGUGUUCUCUAAAGAAGACCUGCAUGUACAGAUCUGAGAGGCAAGAGCUCUGUGAUGUGAAGAAUUAUCAAAUCAAAGCCAAGAACAUCAGUAAGAAGAAACGAGUGCUGGCUUCUGUGUAUGCUGAGAAUGAUGAGCAACUUGGGGAGUCAACCGCUAAGGUAAAAGUGGGUAAGAAGCGGCGGGAUCACAUGAAGAAAGCAGAGCAGGAGAGAAGGACGAUAUCUGAGAAGGAGGAUGAGGAACGGCAAGUCGAGCAUGAUCAGGACACAUCCACGCCCAGCUCGGCGGAGAAUCUGGCAGCUCAGGCUCUAAGAGAGACUGCUGUGGAAGAAGAGGAUGAUGCAGCAUUCCUGGUGCCUAAGAAAAAGAUGAAAUUGGAAAAGAACACAGAAGUCCCAAGAACUGAAAAGCAUAAAUGGCCAAAGAAAAAUAACCGCCGGCCGGGUGGACGAGUGAUUUCUGCGGCCUUGAAGGUGAAGAUGGGAGGUCGGGAGUUCAGCAGACAGAGACUAAUGGCAUAUGGUCUGAAUCCCAAGAGGAUGCAUUUCAGAGAGUUCUACAGGCAGAAAAGAAAAGAGAGGGAACAAAAAGAAAAGAAGGAAAAACUGAAAAACAAAGGGAAAGAAUGAUCCAGUCCUUAUGUAACUUUAGACUGAACAAUUUACUGUGUUGGAUACAAGGUGCACCUCUUGCUUUACAAGUUAGGAAAGGAAGAGGUCACUGAAUAUCAAUGAACAGGAUUUUAUAUGAAAAGUUAGGGUAGUGUCCAUUAGCAAUGUGUUCCAUUUAAUAUAUUAAACCUUUUAAAGUAA